UUCUUUCAUCGAGUAGGCCCGUGUAAGGAGCUUUUCUUUAAAACUGCUUGAUUUGAGACUGUCCGAAAAUGACUGGUAGAGCGCGAGCUAAAUCACGAGGCAGGGCACGUGGUCAAGAGACUACAGCACCUGGAGCGUCCUUGGCUCAAGGAGAGCCAGCUCCCCCACCUGAUCCUGGACAGCUGGUCGGAAGAGGGAGACAGAAAGGUGCUCCUAGUCCCUUUUCGGCAGAAGCUGUUCUACAGAUUUCAGCCGGAUUUCAACAGGUGAAGCUUGGAGAAAGGGGUGGACGCCGCAGAGAUUUUAAUGAUGCAGGGGUUAACACCAGAAUGGCUAUGGAGCAUGUUAAGGAAUCAAAGUCUGGAACAUCCGGUGAAGCCAUCCGGUUGUCAGCAAACUUCUUCCGCAUCCUGUCCCGCCCUCAGUGGGUGCUGUAUCAGUACCAUGUGGACUUCAACCCACCAAUGGAGGCCCGUCGCCUGAGAUCUGCACUCCUCUUCCAGCACGAGGAAACGCUUGGCUCAGCACGGAGCUUUGAUGGAGCUCUGCUGUUCUUGCCUAAAAGAUUGCAGAACAAGGUACUCUAA